GUAGAUUGAUACCACCAGCUAUAUUGUAUCAGUAACAACAGAAGAGGCUCGCAUACGAAAGGGGAUCUAGCUGCUGUAGCUAGAAGAAUCGAAACCCACCCGAACAGUCUUUGACAGGGACAGCCAUGGUCAAGAUCACUUUCCAGCCCGUCGCGGGACAGAAAGCCGAGAAAGAGCAGAAUGAUGGCGACAAGACCGACAUUCUCAUAACCCAUCCAAUGGAGGAUGAGGAGGAGCUGGUUCUGCCUCUGCGCUCAGGGAGAUCUCCUCUGAAUGGCCUAUGCUGCUUGACCUUUGGCCUGGUGGUCUUCAUGUCUGGUCUGGUGUUGGCCUCCAUCUAUGUCUACCGCUACUACUUCAUACCCCAGAUCCCAGAGGAGAGUCUGUUCCACUGCAGGGUUCGUUAUGAGGACUCUGUGUACGCCCCUCUGAGAGGCAGACAGGAGCUGGAGGAGAACGUGGGCAUCUACCUGGAAGACAACUAUGAGCAGAUCAGCGUGCCUGUGCCCCACUUUGGAGGAAGCGACCCUGCUGACAUCAUCCACGACUUUCACAGGGGACUGACUGCCUACCAUGACAUCGCUCUGGACAAAUGCUAUGUCAUCGAGCUCAACACCACCAUCGUUAUGCCCCCACGGAACCUCUGGGAACUGCUGGUCAAUGUUAAGAAGGGGACAUACCUGCCCCAGACCUACAUUAUCCAGGAGGAGAUGUUUGUGACAGGGAAGGUUCACAACAUGCGCCAGCUGGGGCCCUUCAUCUACCGCCUGUGUAACGGCAAGGACACAUACCGCCUGAAACGCCGCGCCCGCAGACGCAUCAACAAACGGGAAGUGGCGAACUGCCAUCGCAUCCGCCACUUUGAGAACACGUUUGUGGUUGAGACAGUCAUCUGUGAUGGAGUGUAAACUGUUACCUCAGCAUGACCUUCUGGCACGACACCUUAAGGCACAGCCACCUCUCCAGCCACUGUAGCGCAUCCCUGUGUAGAUACUUAGAAUGACCUUUCAGUUGCACUUUAACUAUGGUUUUGUUAUUUUUUCCAUAUGUUUAACUCUCCUCUUUAUAAACUAUUUUAGGAAUUGUCAGUAGUGAGGUUUUCCUUAUGUUUCCUGGCUGCAAUAAUACAUGUUUUUCUCUGUAAUUUACCUUGGAUGAAAUAGUUUCAUGUAGCAGAACCACUAAGCCAAUUAUGAUGGGGAGGUUUUUCCACUUAAGAGAACUGUGACGGCCUUGGUUGUCAGGGAAGACAACAGUUUCCAUGUGUUGUCAUGGCGACUACUUGAUUUCCCUGCUCUUGAAAUUACUGGGCGUGUGAAAUCCUGCUACUGUCAGCCACCACCUGACCUAAUGUUGUCGCAUCGCCCUCCGCUUUCUCUUGCUCGCACUGUUUGUCUGUCACAACCCCCCCAGCACACCUCAUGCUUCUCUUUUGUAUUUCUUCAUCUUUAGCUCAGUCACCCUAUCAAAGUAAAGGAAAACAUGAAUGUGAGUUUAAGAACCCUACAAAGUGAGUUAAGAACCAGUGUCCCUACAAAGUGAAGUAGACAAAUUGGCCAUUAUUAGUCUUUGUGUGUGUUUGCACCUGUAUGUAAGGCCUCAAAAGUAUAGAAUCAUGUACAUGACACUUAAUGUAGUUCUGUAAUAUUAUAGCAGAUUAUUUCCAGCCAAGCUGCCCUUCUCCCUGUGAACGUGUCAGACUGUUUCUCCCUCCUUAUUGAUGCCCCUCUCAUCACCUCUUCUUGUUUAUAUUUCAGGGGAGGUCGAGCUUCUCCCUGUGAACGUGUCAGACUGUUUCUCCCUCCUUAUUGAUGCCCCUCAUCACCUCUUCUUGUUUAUAUUUCAGGGGAGGUCGAGCUUCUCCCUGUGAACGUGUCAGACUGUUUCUCCCUCCUUAUUGAUGCCCCUCUCAUCACCUCUUCUUGUUUAUAUUUCAGGGGAGGUUGAGCUUCUCCCCCUUCAUUUGCACUCUUUAUCAAUGCUUUUGUGAGUCAUUCUAGUAGAAUUCUGUCAUCUAUUUUUCACCCUGCAUGUGUGUUUCUCUAAGGAUAAACCGCAAUGUUAGAAUCUUUUCUAAGAGCACGUUUAAAGCCUUGGUCCAGAGUCAGAGACUGGACUAAAGUAAUGAUUGCUGUGAGGGAGUUUAUUAUAUCAUAUGCUAAUAUAUACCUUAGACAGGUCUGUAUAUUUUGUCUGCUGGUGAAGUCUUAUCUGUGAAUAAAGUAGUUAAAACACC